GGUGACUUUGACUUCAUUUUAUUGACCACCAAGAAUAUUCCUGACGGACCAAUAACUUGUGAAGAUAUUAUUAGGCCUGCUGUUACUUCUAAGACUGUAAUUAUUUUACUUCAAAAUGGGAUUGGUAUAGAGAAACGAAUGAUUGAAGAGUUCCCGCAAAAUGUGAUACUUAGCGGUGUUACUUUGCUUUGUUCCACUAAUAUUAAUUGUGUUGUAUGUAAUCUGCUUAAAGAUCAACUUUAUCUUGGAGCUUGGAUUAAUCCAAAUAUUGAGAACCAUGCCGAGAAAGAACAAGUUGCAAUUAAUGAAUUUACUAGAAUGUAUGGCAACGAAAAGUAUAACAAAAUUUUUAUUGAUGAAAACGUGGAAAAGACAAGGUGGGAAAAAUUACUCUAUAAUGCUGCUCUUAAUUCUACUACAACCGUAGUUAACUUAGAUGUGAGUAGAUGUCAAAUUGCAGGUGCAAAUAAUGAACUUUUUAGACCAGCCAUGAGAGAGGUUGUAGCGAUUGCUGCUAGUGAAGGCAUUGAAAUAUCGCCCGAAACUAUUGAAAAAUUUAUUCAUAUUAGCGAUGGCCAAUUUUAUAGUCCUUCAAUGUGCGUUGAUGCAAGAAAGAAGCAAUUAUUUGAAUCGGAAAUUAUUUUGGGUAAUCCUAUAAAGAUUGCAGAGGCAAAUGGUGUAGGAACACCCGUAUUAAAGACAUUAUAUACUCUAUUAUCAAUGGUUCAGUUUAGAAUUAAAGAAGAAAAGGGCAUAAUCAAGAUAGAUGAAAACGAAUAUAGAAACCUAAACUCAGAUUCUUACCCAGAUAUACACAAGAAAUAG